AUGGCUACUUUACGCUGUAGCCUGAAUACUACCUACUUCGCGGAUGAUUAUUAUGGCGUCAGUGACAACGACGAUGGCGACGUCGACGACUGCCUAGAUGAAUUCUAUUAUGAUGAUGACGAACGAAAUGAAGAAACUAUUAAAAAGAUGUGGCUUCCGAAAGCUGUGGCACUCUGCAGAUACCUAUGGCCAUCCGUCAAAGAAGAUGCACUCUCUGUUGACUUUCUUAGCCAUGGCUCGUACAAUUCUAUCUUCAGCAUCUCGAUUGCGACCGCGGAAGAUGAAAAAGCCGAAUACGUCUUACGAAUUCCCGAAUUCAGCAUGGACACCAAAUAUGCAGUUGGUAUUCUCGAGCAUCUAAACAAGUUCACGGACCUGAAGGUACCCAGUGUCAUUACAUGGGAUGCUACUAUCAACAACCCUCUACAGAACACAUACGUCAUACUUUCGCGCGUCCCUGGAACAUGUCUCGCGAAUGUUUGGAAAGAUCUUGCCCAUGAUCAGAAGUUGCUCCUAGCUAAGGAGUUGGCCCAAUUAUACCACCAGAUUGAGUCAGUCACAAACCCAGUCGCUGGAGCAAUGAGGGUCCACGACCAAGACAUAAGAUAUCGCGAUGAACUUAUCGACCGAACUUUUGUGCUGGCCUUUGGAGCUUCAACUGUGGAGUCAAACUGCAACCGGAUCAACUGGGAUACUCCCAAAGAUGGCAUUUUACCUAUGCGACGCGACCCCCCAGGCUUAUCCGUGAACGACAUCAUGGUUGCCAUCUUCAAGAGGCGAAUAUAUGACAAAAAGAACAGUCAGCUUGAGGACGAAUUUACGCUUCAGUGGCAUGAAGUAUGCCAAAGAAUAAUUGAGGACAUGGUGGACAUGGGGCUAUUCGAUUUUCAGGACAACGAUGUGUGUCUGUGUCACACAGAUCUCUUCCCUCGCAACAUAAUGGUCGAUUUCACUCCCGAUAUAACCAUCACUGGAGUACUAGACUGGGACGAUGCUAUGUUCGUGCCCAAAUUCGCCGCUCGUGUACUUCCGCGGUGGCUAUGGCAAUCGGUACCUAAUGAAGAGUCCAAAUCUGAAUCCACAUCGGAAUACUCUUAUGGGGUAGAACCAUUGGACUCUAGAAAAACCGAACCGAACUCUCCACAGAAUGCAGAGAUUAAGUUAGCAUUCGACAGUGCUGUGGGAGAAAGAUGGGUAUCUGAAGCAACCGGCGAAUGGUAUACCCUAGCUAGAGCUCUGAUUAGAUUCAGUCGGGAAUGUGUCACUUCUAACUCAACCUUCGAGCACCUUGCCCAAUGGAAGGAGAAAUGGAAGUCCUUGUCCACAGACGCGGUCGAGAACCUUCACUUCUGGACGAAGAAACGGAACUUGUCGAUUUUCAAGGAACCGGGCAGCCUGGAAUACGAAGUGGCAUCGGAUACGAGUACCAGAAACGAUGAAACCGUAUCAUGCGACCGGAAAGACGACGAGGAAAUGUCUUGCAAGAAUUAUUCGACAAUUCCAUGGGAAGAUCGCACAAGAGUCCAAUUUAGAAAAACUCUGCGCUGGGUUUUAUCCAUGCCUGUAACUCCUACGCACUCCGGAGAACGGCAUUCUCGAGAAGCUAGCUCGACAACUCUGACUGAGGUUGAAGAAUUAGUCCUAUCUAGUCCAGGUAGCCUCUCUAAGAGCAUUCUCAACAUCCAGUACUCAGCCACGGGCAUGAGAACCCGGGAUUUGCCUCUAUCCUGGAUAUCUUCCAAACGCCUUUCCGUAGGGAGUCCUAGAGACAAUUACUUCGCAAUACCUGACCAAGGGCAACGUGGGAUCAUAACAACUACGAAAUGGUUUCACGAAACUAUCCCAUGA